AUGGCGAAAGAACAGGAAGAGAACGUAUUUGUAGAUUUGGAUCAACAAAGAAAACUUGGAGCUUCGGUAUGUGAAUGUAAGAAAGAUGGGAUGGAAUGGCGAGAUGGUAUCGACGACACGGUAGCACAGGCGUUCGACUUCGACGGUAUAAGCAAGAAGGCAAACGUCUUCAUUCUCUCUUCGAUUAUUGUCGUUAUACGCUUCAUUGCCUACGUAGCUCUUGUCAUCAGAGCUUACCGCAGUUGUUAA